AUGGCGACCAGUACGGCACUCCUGGCGGGCCUUCUCGUCGCCGUCGUGCUCACUGUCACGGCCGACGAGUCAUUCGUGGAGAGGCAGACCACGGAAGGCAUGGUUCGCGGCAAGGUUGUCCGUGUCCUGGACAAAUCCGUCGAAGAGUACCGCGGCAUUCCGUUCGCCGAGCCGCCUGUGGGAAAGCUCCGCUUUCGGCCUCCACUUCCGAAACAACCUUGGGAAGGCACCGUGGACGCAACCGCUGGAAACACAGCCUGUCCUCAGGUGCUGUUGGAAGGAAUCACAAUGGGCAACCUGAGCUUUACAGAAGACUGCCUUCAGCUGAACGUAUGGGUCCCAGAGGUCGCGAGUAACCCGGGCUCGCGUCGUCCUGUACUUGUGUGGAUCCACGGAGGAGCAUUCACCUUUGGCAGCGCGAAUAUGGCGAACACUAGCGGAGUCGUGCUCGCCGCGCUGGGCGAUGUAGUCGUCGUCUCCACGAAUUACCGUCUUGGCAUCCUGGGUUUCAUGAACGUGUACUCUCCUGAGGCGCCAGGUAAUGUUGGCCUCUUGGAUCAGAACAUGGCUCUGAAGUGGGUGCAGAGGAACAUCGGACAUUUCGGAGGCGACCCUGAGCGAGUGACGCUGUUCGGCGAGGGUGCAGGCUCAGUGAGCGUACACGCGCAGAUCAUGUCGCCUUUAAGCCGACGCAUCUUCAAGAGGGCAGUCUUGAUGAGUGGUACGAUGUACAGCCUAGACACAUGGGAGACAGUUUACGAAAGCAUAGUCAAAGCCUACAAGGUCGCUAACGUUGUGGGGUGUUCUAACAGUGCAAGAAUCGGGCUGUCACCGAACGCGGAAAAUAUCGUAGACUGCAUGAGAAACAAGUCCGCCGAUGAGCUCUCCACGGCUUCUCUGGUGGUAGCGGCACCGAAGAUGGUCCAAUUUGCGCCUACUUAUAGUAACAAGUUCCUUCCCCAAAGUCCAUUAGCGGCGCUGAAGCGUGGUUUCUUCUCAUCUGUGGACGUCUUAGCUGGCGUAACUUCAGACGAAGGAGCUGCGUUUCUCCUGUUCCCGUUGGUCCCCGAACUUUUAGUGGAAGACCUUCAAGGUUCUCCACCAGAGGAGCUUGUUAAGUCUCUUCGCAGCGCAUUAUGGCGACGGCUUAAAGAGAACACGCAGGAUAUAUUAGAAACGUACACCAAGGAAGCACCAACGGACGAUAAGAACGCACUGAGACGCCAAUACAUCGACUACGUGUCGGACAGAUUGUUCAACUGUCCCCUGCAGUUCUUCACGGAAAAGCACAGCGAAAAGGACAACAAGGUUUUUACGUAUGUAUUCGCCCACAAAACGGCAAUGUUUCCACUGCCUGGGUGGAUGGGAGCGCCCCACGGCUCCGAUGUGGCCUUCGCGUUUGGUCAACCCUACGCGGCAAAUCCUGAUUCUCCGGAUGGACGCAUGGCUCAGGCCUUCGUGCGAAUGCUGGCCAGCUUCGGCGAAAAUGGGAUACCGGAACUUCCCAACAACGAGACAUGGCCACAAUACAGCAAGAACUCGUCAAUCAUGAUGGUUCUCAACAACGGCCAAUUUAACGAGACAAAAGGAUUCCGCUCAAGCUACUGUGAACGCUGGAGGCCUUUGUACUAA